AUGAUUAAAUGCGACUGUGAAGAUUUCAAAAAUGAGUGGAAUCACCAUCCGAUCUCAGGUCCUGGGACAAAGAACCAGAGUCCUCUUGACCUACGGCUUCUCGGGCAAACAACCAAUGGGGUGUAUGCCGAUGACCCACUCGACAAGAUUCAUCCUGACGUUCUGAGUCAGUACUAUGGCGUGUCAGGCCGAGUGCAAAACCGAAGAAGGGGACAGACUGGUGCUGGACAUCCUGAGGAUGAUUCUGAUUCUGAUGAUUCUGAUCUGGAGUUGGGUGAGAACGAGAACGAGAACGAAGAUCGUAUGAUAGAGAUGCUGGAGAACCGCAUUGCAAAUGAUCAGGAGCGAAACAUUCGUCAUAAGCCUAUCAAGGUCGCUACUCACCGGAAUCCCUUCCCAGAUCCUCAAUCUCUAGCACUAUUCUGGCAACUCUUGGAUGCUGUGCGCGCACAGGACAUCAUUCCUGAUGGAUACGGUGUUACUCCCACAGAGUGGCAAGAUGGUGUAUAUCCAGAAGAAGAGGUCAUCCGCAUGGGGCGCAAAAAGAAGGGUCUUGUCAUUGCACUCCCAUCUGUUGUAUGGCUUCCUCGGGCUGUCCUAUGGGCACAGGCGGUUGAGAUCAUGACAAGGCUCACAGAGCAGGAGUGA